UGUUUUAGAGCAGGAAAGAUUUUCUUAUUCAUAACCUCUUCCUUGAGACAUUUCACAAAUGACUCAAGAGCAUCGCUGCGACAACUCUACAACGAUAUGGUCUCGAAUGGUAGGUAAUUAAGUCAUACAGGUUUGGAAUGAUAUGAGAGAUAUUACAUGAAGACAGCAUUUUAAUUUUUGGUGGACUGUCCCUUUAACCCCAGCAAAAAUGGAAUUUCCCCGUAACCGCUGUCAACGCAGCUGCAGUAGUGUGACUGAACAUUCAAAUAUGCAAAGGCCGAAGCUUCCACCACGUAGACUAGCUUUGAUUCAUCCAGGUCCUCCAAAACGAUUCCGUCUACAUACAGAAAGGAAAGAUCUUGAUGACAAUCGAAAAGUCAGAAAAUGGACUUAUGGGAAAAAAGACACCAGUAAACCAAACAAAAUCAUUUUGCUGGUGGGAGAGACCGGCGUCGGCAAGACCACCAUCAUCAACAGCAUGGUCAACUUCUUACUGGGAGUGAAGUUUGAGGAUGAAAUAUGGUAUGAAAUUACAGAAGAAGAAGCCGGAGAUCAAUCAGAAUCACAAACCUCUGAAAUCACCAUGUAUGAGGUCUUUCCUAUAAGGAGUCCCAUAUCUCUCACCAUCAUUGAUACUCCAGGGUACGGAGACACUAGAGGACUGGACAAAGAUCUAGAAGUUGCUGAGAAUUUAUCUGCACUGUUUCAGAGCAAUGAUGGAGUUCGUGAAGUCGAUGCUGUGUGUUUUGUGACUCAGGCGUCUAAGAAUCGUCUCUCAGACAGACAGCAUUACAUUAUCAGUUCAAUUCUGUCUUUGUUUGGGAAUGACAUUGUAAACAACAUUGUGUUCCUAAUCACACACUCUGAUGGUCUGCCACCCACAAACGUCAUUAGUGCCAUUAAUAAAGCUAGAAUCCCCUGCAGAAGAGACAAAAGCGGCCAACCUGUUUAUUUCUUAUUUAACAACCGGCAGGCAGAUGCACGUCGCACUAAAGAACGUCACGUUCGCGCUCAAAGAGACGCCUGGGAAGACAGUGUGGAAGGCAUGAGGCAUUUCCUUCAGUCUCUGACUGCAAGGAACAGAAGAAGUUUAGAGUUGACUUCAGAUGUCCUGAUGGAGCGAAUUCAGUUUGAAGCAUCAAUCUGCAACUUAACGUUGCGAGUUCAAGAAAAGGAGAUGAAAAUAGCUGAAAAACACCAGAUCCAGGAGGCAAUGAAGAAAAACAAGGAAAAGAUUGAGGAGUGUCAAAACUUCACCAUUAAAGUAAAAAAGAUUGUCAAAGAGAAGGUGCCCAUCGAGAGCAAAUCAUGGAAACACAGGAAGGCGACAACCUGCACCAUCUGUGAGGAAAACUGUCAUGAGUUUGACUGCUGGUGGGUUUCUAAUCCCAGCAAAUGUGAAGUCAUGAAAGACGGCUACUGCACCGUGUGCACAGGGAAGUGUCACCACAGCAAACACCUCAAAGAAGACAAGAAAUAUGUCAUCAGAACAUCAAGCACUACAAUAGAAUUUGACUCUAUAAAAAUGGACUAUGAAAAAACUCAAGAACAAACCAAAAUGUUUUUGUUUUUAAUGCAACAUAUUGACAAAGAUCUGAAGGAUAUUGAAGACCAAAAGUCAAAUCUUUUGUCCGAAGCUUACCAGACCAUCAAGCAUCUGUCUCAGAUCGCAUUAAAACCAGACUCUGCCUUCACUCUUCAGCAUCUGGACUUCUUCAUCCCCAGAGUGAGGGAGGCUGGGGAAGAAGACUGGGUGCGAGAGCUGGAGGAAAUGAGGAGAAAAGCUGUAACUGAAGAAGCAAAUAAAGAUGCUCUGAGUUAUCUGAAAGCUGGUCUGGCAAAAAUUUUCCUGUCUCAGCAAUGACUGAAUGCAGUACAGUGAACAAUGAAAGUAGAAACCUGCUUCUUACAAUGAUAAAUCAUUGCUGUUGACUGACUGUGCACAGGUGUAUUUACAGAACGUCUAUAAACCAGAGGAUUCUUUUUGUUACACUAAAAAGAUUUCAGCUAUUUUAAUUUUGCAACGUGAAAGUCACAUAAAAAAAAAAAAAUUCUUAAAAUAUGAAACUGCACCAUCAGAUUUUGCUAUAAUAUGUAUUAUGUUUAUAUUGUUGUAUACUAUGUUAAAUUCAUAUGGGAAUAAAAAUAAAAAAAGAGUUAACAAAUCUG